GUCCUGUCACACCUCACCGUGUGUCCAAAGGUCUCUGACGCCUUGUGCAACUUAACUCAAAGAGUAUUAGAGCGAAAGCAACUCCACAAAGAAGUAGAACACCAAUACUAUUGUCUUACAAAUAAAGAUGGGAUCCACUUUCCUGCCAGCAGUGGGUCGUAUGGCCGUAUGUGGAGGUACUCAUGGCAACGAGCUGUCAGGUGUGUACGUAGUGCGAGAGAUGGAGAGACAGCGGAAAGUGAAUGGAGAUGGUGUGUGGCCCAUUCCUGUAACAACAGUGCUGUCAAACCCACGGGCUGUGAAAGAGUGCAGAAGAUACAUUGAUACCGACAUGAACCGCUGCUUCAGUAGCGCCAUACUGAGUUCUCCUAUUACAGACAGCAGCCCGUAUGAAGUGCGGCGAGCUCAGGAACUGAAUGCUAUGUUGGGGCCGAAGGGGUCUGCAGGUGCCAUAGACAUGAUCUGUGACCUCCAUAACACCACUUCUAACAUGGGCCUGACUCUCAUCCAUUACAACAUCAACGACUGGAUGACACUGCACAUCUGCAAAUACUUACAGACAAAGAUAACCCAAGUGCCUGUGCGAGUGGUCUUGAUGGAUAUUCCCAUAAGUGCUGCAUAUUCGUUGGAGUCUGUGUCCAAGCAUGGCUUUUCGAUAGAGGUUGGUCCGCAGCCGCAUGGUGUCAUCAGGGCAGACAUUUAUAACGUCAUGAAAGAGGCUGUGGAGGUGACAUUGGAAUGGAUCCAAAAAUUCAACUCAGGAAAAGUCUUUGAAGGCGGGGAGAUGGAAGUCUUUAUGUUUCAGAGGAGUAUUGAUUAUCCCAGAGAUCCUGAGACUCAGGAGCUCAACGCUGCCAUUCACCCACAGCUGCAGGACAGAGACUUCUGCCUGCUCAAGAAAGGUGAUCCCUUGUUUUUGUCAUUUUCUGGAGAAACCUUGAAGUAUGAGGAGGAAGAACCACAUCAUCCUUUCUUUAUCAACGAAUGUGCCUACUACGAAAAAGGAAUUGCUUUUCACUUGGCAAAAAAGGUGAUGCUGUCAAUUCCUACAGUGCAAGUAAAGAAAGACUGAACGAGAGAAAAUAU